AUGUUCCGUGUCAAGAUUGAAGAUGUCGAGUGUCAAGAUGAUACUGAUAUUCGUCAGGAUGUAGAAGAGGCUCUUGGAGAACUUGAGGUGAAAGAAGAGCUUCUGGAGCAGUCACCAUCUACACGGGUUCAGGAUGAACAGGCUCGGCAUCCAGGGGUCCCUACUUCUCCUGAAUUGUUGGAGUGGGCGAAUAGUUCUCCUCCGAGAGCUCUCGAUUGUUUGGAGAUCACGGACUAUGGGCAUCAUUCGGGAUCAACUGUUACAGUGCACCACACUCCUCUUGAGUCUACCUCCGAGAGCGAGGGGGAGGAUGACAUUCCGGUGGAGACUCCAGUCCCGGAAGUUUUCGAGGCCUCUCCUCAACAGGAAGUGGUGGUUCCUGUAGUGCUGCCGUUGUCGGGGGUAACCAUCUACCCCGGUAACAGAGGAUUACUUCAGAUAUCAUUUAGAGUUACCUUCUUGGAGGGACAUGGAUUCCUGAUCCCGUUUUCGGAUCCGUUGAUUACGGUCCUGUCCCCAAUGACCACUGACGAGGGCAGGUGGGUCACGGAGCACACCCCAUGGAGGUUUAUGGAUCAGUUCCGGCAUGAUACGGUGUUGUCUCUGAUGAUAAACUUAUGCCCUGCGCAUUUCCAAGAGCGGAUGAGUACCGCCUCGGCCAGAGUCGGCCUGUUGCUGGACGAACUUCGGGACGUGGCUUGCUUCCUGAGACCUCCCUGUGUCUACUGCGGUCAAGGUCUUCUAUGAUUGGAUGGGCUUGACUUAAAAAUAUAUAUGUAUUUUAUUUGCAUGGUUUAUGUUAUGAUGUAAUUCAUGUUUCC